UUAAAGGGUAGAAUAGAAGGAAAUGGCUGGCGGCGACGCGCAGGUUGAUAUCAACCAGAGCGAGCUAAUACUCGUGCACGUAAAUUGGCAACACAACGUAUUGUGUGACGUCUUUAAGAGCGACGAAAACAGAUUUCGUUUAUCUCUAUAUAAACUUAUGAGCAGUAAACUGGAAGCAGUGGAAAUUCCGGUUGUAUCAUAUGACUCAGGGGCAGGGGCAAGGAAGAAGCAACUGCCCUUUGCUGUAACACCAAGAUGGAUGUGAAAGAGGAGAUGUGUGAGGCUGGUAUAUAUACUGUGGAUAAAAUGACUCUGAGUAUUAAGGAGGAGGACAGUGGAUGGGAGUCUGUCCUCUCUAACCAGGAUAGUCUAGGUAUUAAGGAUGAGGAUUAUGAAUUGGUGACUGUAGGUGUAAAAGAAGAAGCAGAGGAGACCUCAUCUAUCAGCAUUGAGAUGCAUAAGCAAAAAAUAAUGGCAAGUGUCAAGAAAGAUGAUACCUAUUCAGAGUUGGAUCUUCAUUAUGGAUGUCAAGAUAGAGUAGUGACUGGGUUAGUCUCUUCUCAAAGCAGACAUUGCUCAUCUCCAGAGCAUUUUAUCAAUGUACGGUCUGAAUACUUGCAGUCCGACACCAAGAUGAUUGAGGAAGUUUCUUCAGAUAAAACUCAAGAAGAACAGACACCAGCUACAAAUUAUACUGGAGGAAGAGGCAAACCUCAUUGUUCUGAAUGUGGCAAGGAAUUCUGCAACAAGGGUACUCUUCGGAGACACAUUAGAGUUCACACUGGAGAGAAGCCAUUUUGUUGCAAUGAAUGUGGAAAACGAUUUUCAUCAAAAAGCAAUCUUCAAACACAUAUAAGAAGUCACACUGGUGAGAAACCAUUUUGCUGUUCUGAUUGUGACAAACAAUUUUCACUGAUGAGGAGUCUUCGUAGACACACAGCAGUUCACACUGGAGAGACGCUGUACUGUUGUUCAGAAUGUGGUAAACAAUUUUCACAAAUAAGACUUCUACAGAUACACAGAAGAAUUCAUAAAAAAGAGAAGAGAUUCUGUUGCCCCCAGUGCAACAAGCAGUUUUCAUUAAAGAGCAAUCUUCAGACCCACAUACGAAUUCACACUGGAGAGAAGCCAUACUGCUGUAAUGAAUGUGGCAAACAGUUUUCAUUAAAGAGCAAUCUUCAGACCCACACACGAAUUCACACUGGAGAGAAGCCAUUCUGCUGUAAUGAAUGUGGCAAACAGUUUUCACAUGCAGUCAGUCUUCACAUUCACAUGGUAACUCAUACAGGAGAGAAACCACACUGCUGUUUCGAUUGUGGCAAACGAUUUUCAGCAAAAAAGACUCUUCAGACCCACAUAAGAAUUCACACUGGAGAAAAACGCUGCUGCUGUUCUGAAUGUGGCAAACAGUUUUUGCAUAUGAGCCAUCUUAAGAGACACACAAGAGUUCAUACAGGGGAGAAACCACACAGCUGUAAUAAAUGUGGCAAACAAUUUUCUGACAGUAGUACUCUUCGAAGGCACACUAAAAUUCACUGUCGAGAAAAGCCCUGAAGGACUAAGUUGGAGAAUAAUGAAUUAAAGAAGGGAGGAAAGAGUCCAGACUAACCUU